GGCCACCCCAGCGGUGGCACCAAAUCAGCCGGACCCAGGGCCUUCCCCACCACCCACCUUGAUUCAUGGAUUUUGUUGCCGGAGCCAUCGGAGGCAUCUGCGGUGUCGCUGUGGGCUACCCCCUGGACACAGUGAAGGUCAGGAUUCAGACAGAGCCCAAGUACACAGGUGUCUGGCACUGCAUCCGGGACACGUAUCGCCGAGAGCGGGUGUGGGGCUUCUACCGGGGCCUCUCCCUGCCCGUGUGCACCGUGUCCCUGGUCUCAUCCGUGUCCUUCGGCACCUACCGCCACUGUCUUGCGCACAUCUGCCGGUUCCGUUACGGCAGCGCCGACGCCAAGCCCGCCAAGGCCGACAUCACACUUUCAGGAUGUGCCUCUGGCCUGGUCCGCGUGUUCCUGACGUCGCCCACCGAGGUGGCCAAGGUCCGCCUGCAAACGCAGACGCAGCAGCGGCGUCCCUCGGCCUCGUGGCCCGCGGCUGUGCCGCCCGGGUGUCCUGCGGCCCCCGUGUGUGCGGUCCCCAAGUACCGCGGGCCGCUGCACUGCCUGGCCACGGUGGCCCGUGAGGAAGGGCUGCGUGGCCUCUACCAGGGCAGCUCGGCCCUGCUCCUCCGGGAUGGCUACUCCUUUGCCACCUACUUCCUCUCCUAUGCCAUCCUCUGCGAGUGGCUCACCCCUGCUGGACUCAGCCAGCCAGAUGUCCCAGGUGUGCUGAUGGCGGGCGGCUGCGCAGGUGUCCUGGCCUGGGCUGUGGCCACCCCCAUGGACGUGAUCAAGUCGCGCCUGCAGGCGGACGGGCAGGGCCGGCGCUGCUACCGGGGCCUCCUGCACUGCGUGGUGACCAGCGUGCGGGAGGAGGGCCCGAGUGUCCUCUUCAAGGGGCUGGCGGUCAACUGCUGCCGGGCAUUCCCUGUCAACAUGGUGGUCUUUGUCACCUACGAGGCAGCGCUGAGGUUCGCCCGGGGCCUGCUCACGUAGCUGGCCCCCACGACCCUGUGGCCCACCCACCGGCAGC